CCCAAAAUCUCUCCCUCCACCCAAAAUCUGUUGCAUCUGCCUCAUGCGCCUCAGCAUCGCAACGCAUUUGGUUCAUUCUCUGUACUUUGUAAUAUAGCCACGUUCUUUUCAUACUUCUUUUACUUAAUGCACCGCUACCUCUCCUAGACCUUCAACAGAUUUCCUUCUGUUGGAAACGACGACAACUUGCCCUGGUCUGUCCUUUCGUCGCGUGAGCUUUCAAGAUGCUCCUCAGGAACAGCCGGAGAAGUCUUUCUCUCCACCACGCGACAGUCUUCCGACCCUGUCGACCGACACCAAGAUGUUCAUUGACGACGAUAAACGCAAGCGAAAGAAGCAGACGGCUUUUCGGCACACAGCAUGAUGGACGGCCCACGAUGAGAAGAAGCAGCCUUAGCGGUGGGCGGAGUCUUGCCACCGCAGUCGAUGACCAUCAAUCCAUCGCAAGCUCCCACUACGACAGACUGAACAGCUCUGUUCUGCCAGCAUACCAAAACGUCUCGGGUCGCCCGAGUUACCACGAGUUACGCGCCUUCGAUCCCUCCUCGCCACUGGUACUCCAAGCGAACAAUGCACCGCCAAAUGCGCGCGGAAAAAUAAACAAUAACGGCGUUCCUGGUGACGUCGACGAAUUGUUACCGAUCUUCGAUGCCUGCAUCCGCGUAGGCAAAGUCGAUCGUGCACAAAUGGUCCUCAAGCGCUUGGCUGCUGUCCCAAGCUUCCCCGGCGAAGACUUGAUUUUCCUUCAUAACCGAUUCAUCCGAGCCUCUCUCGACCAGUUGCGCCUCCAUCCCGACCGGAAACAAGCCGAGAGCCUUCACAAGUGGUACGAGUUGCACAUCAACACCAGGGGCCUCCCCCAAACCGCCGAGACGAUCGCCUGCAUGCUCAAGGCCUCACUUAUGUCCGAACGCGACCACGACCGACGCCACCGAUUGGUUUCUCGCUACAUGAAACUGGCCCCCGGCGAGGCGGGCUUGCAAGUCCUAUCCAUGGCUGAGAUCCUUAGCGACCAAGACCUCGCAGUUAUUACGGAAAUCUGCCCCAUAUACAACCUUGCGCCUGAAGAAGAGACUCCAGCCCUCGAAGGCAAUGAUGAGUCUGAAGUGGCGGUCAACGAAUCAAGCGAAGCUUUGAAGUCCGCCCUCACGAAGCUUGUGCCUGAAGUCUUGGCCACACCACAGAAAGGCAUCGGACUGAAGACUUUGAAGCAGACGUUGAGCCUCUUCGACGAAAUACCUCAAGCAUGCGACAUCUCCACACUUCCGAUUCGCGAACGACGGGAGAUCCAAGCCCGUCUCGAGCGCGACUGUAUUGACGCAGCCGUUGAGCGUUGGCGCGAGGAGACCGAGUCCCUGCAAAAGAUGGGUCUCAAUACUGUAGUAACACACGCAUCACUCAACUCCCGCCUGUACGACUGGCAACUUGCGCUGGAGGCGCGACUCAAGGAAGAAAUGACCAAAAUCGAGAAAUCCGAGGCCGUCGCGAAGAAGACGCCUGAAGAUUACGACCGAUGUGUGUACGGGCCCUUCUUCAGACUUUCUACGCCCGGCCGUCUUGCCGCUGUUACCAUUCUCAGCACCUUGAGCUCUGUUACCAUCACUGGUGUCGACCGUGGUGUGGGCCUUACAACCGUCAUUACUAGCCUCGCAAGACUCACCGAAGAUGAUAUCCGAGCUCAACUCGCAACCCAGAAGGUCAAGAAAGCCACCAGGAGCAGAAAGGUGGUCAUGGCCAAACCUGCAAAGGAUGAGAGCAAGACGUCAUCGAACGAGGUGGCCAGCAAUCAGUUGUACAGUGAUGAAGAAGCCAGGGAGACCGCCCUCGCCGAUGCAGCCUGGCCUGCUGCAGUGAAGGCGAAGGUCGGCGCGGCACUCAUGUCUGCUCUCCUCGAGACUGCCAAGAUCAAAGUUGUGAGGGAACAUCCCGAAACGAAGGCCCUCGUUAGCCAGUUCCAGCCCGCGUUUUCUCACGCUACUCAACUCAAGAGGGGCAAGAAGAUCGGUAUGAUCUUGCCCAACAAGGAGCUCGUCAACGUCAUGAAGCGAGAACCUCAGGGCGACUACCUGGCUAAACACCUACCCAUGGUUGUGGAGCCGGAGCCGUGGCAGUCCUUCGAAAAGGGUGGCUUUCUCGAAAGCAGAGCCGCCCUUGUUCGUGUCAAGCAGGGUGACAGGGACCAGAGAUUGUACAGCGAAGCAGCUAUCGCCCGCGGGGACAUGGACCAAGUUUUCAAAGGCUUGGAUGUUCUAGGAAGAACCCCUUGGCGGAUUAACAAUCCAGUUCUCAACGUUAUGCUCGAGGUUUGGAAUAGUGGCGAGGCGUUGGCAAACAUUCCGGCGUUGAACCCCAAUAUACCUACGCCCACCGAGCCCGCACCCUCUGAGGAUCCUUCUGAACGCAUUCUCUGGAUUAGAGCCGUAAAGGCCGCCGAGAACGAGAGGGGUGGUUUACAUUCCAUUCGCUGCUUCAUGAAUUUCCAGUUGGAGAUCGCUCGUGCUUUCAGGAACCAAACCUUUUACUUCCCUCACAACAUUGACUUCCGAGGUCGUGCCUAUCCUCUCCCGACCUACCUCAACCACAUGGGUCCCGACCAUGUCCGUGGCAUUCUUCGCUUUGCUAAGGGCAAGGAGCUUGGCGAGCAGGGUCUCAAGUGGCUCAAGGUUCACUUGUCCAACGUCUUCGGUUUCGACAAGGCCAGUCUCAACGACAGAGCAGCUUUCACCAUGGAUAACUUGGCCAACGUCAUGGAUUCAGCCAAUAACCCGCUCAAUGGCAACCGCUGGUGGCUAAAGGCCGAGGACCCAUGGCAGUGUCUUGCAGCCUGUUUCGAACUGAAGGCAGCACUCGAAUCCCCGGAACCGGAGAAAUACGUCUCUAGCCUUCCGGUGCAUCAGGAUGGCACUUGUAACGGUCUCCAGCAUUAUGCCGCCCUCGGUGGUGACAUUUGGGGUGCUCGCCAGGUUAAUCUCGAGCCCGGCGACAAGCCUGCUGACGUUUACUCUGCGGUCGCCAACAUUGUCAAAGAUCACAUUGCCAAGGAUGCGGAAGGGGGCAACCCUUUUGCGCAGGCUAUGGAAGGAAAGAUUACGAGAAAGGUGGUCAAGCAGACCGUCAUGACCAACGUCUACGGCGUCACAUUUGCUGGUGCUAAGAAACAGGUCUGCAAGCAGCUCGAUUCGCUGUACCCCAACUUGCCAAAGGAGUGUGGCAUCGAGAAUAUUGUCACCGCUUCUUAUGUGGCCACUCUCGUCUUCAAGGCUCUUUCGUCCAUGUUCCGCGGUGCUCACGAUAUCCAGUACUGGCUUGGUGAGAUUGGCGGUCGUGUUUGCAGGGCUUUGUCAGCUGAGCAACUGGAGCGGAUCGCGAACGAUGGAAUCGUGCCCGUGCUGUCGAGGACGAAGUCCACCGAGACAAUGACUUCGACUGACGAACUCUUGGCACAAUUCCGCGCCACUAUUGUUUGGACCACACCGCUACGCAUGCCCGUCGCCCAGCCGUAUCGCAAGAGCGGGACCCGAAUCAUCAAGACGUCCCUCCAGGAUCUCUCUCUCACCAUUCCCGAUCGCACCGAUCCAGUCCACCGCAAGAAGCAGCUGCAAGCGUUCCCUCCCAACUUCAUUCACUCCCUCGACGCAACGCAUAUGCUGCUGUCAGCGCUGGAGUGCUCUGAGAUGGGACUGGACUUUGCUGCUGUCCACGACUCAUUUUGGACGCACGCCUCUGACGUCAACACGAUGAACCGUGUUCUCCGUGACGCCUUUGUCAGAAUCCACGAGGAGGAUGUCGUCGGCCGUCUCGCUGCCGAGUUCGAGGCUCGUUACCGCGGCUCCAUCUACCUGGCAAAGAUCAACGUCGGAACCGAGGUCGAGAAGAAGAUCGCUGCCCUGCGAAAGCAGAAGAAGACCACGUCCAAGGAGGAGCUCCUAUUGGAGUACAAGAGACAGACGCUCCUCCGCUCCGGGGACCCCGAGCAGAUUGCGGAGGCCAAGGAGAUGGUCACGCCCGCUAGCAUCUUUGAGGAGAUGUCGGCUACCGAAGCCCUGGCACAGGGCGAGGACAUGAAAGCCAUGGGCCUCGGCGAGAUUGCCGAGGACGCGGACGAGACCGAUGUCAAGAUGGAGUCUAGCGUUGGCGACGAAGCCAAUGAUGCCGAGACUUCCUCCAAGAUCGUCGAGGAAGGGCUCCUCAGCGGCGCCAGCUCCCAGUUCGCUUCAAAAAUGCUCAAGAACAUGGAGGAGUCGCACUUCAAGAAAAGUGUCUUUUCUUCGCCCAAGAGAGGCGCGCCACGCCCCAAGACCAUCUCGGUCUGGCUUCCUUUGACCUUCCCCCCGAUCCCCGAGAAGGGCGACUUUGACGUGCAAAGACUCAAGGAGAGCGAGUACUUCUUCUCGUGAUCUGCGUUUCUCAUAUUUGGCAUAAGAGUCGACGCGAAAGACAUGGGCCAUUGCAUGCGGAGGACCUUUUUUUUGUUUGGGAGAGAUUGAUUGCAUAUUCUGAUUGGUUGCAUCCGCGAUGGCGUUGAUGAUUGUACAAAAAAGGGGGCGUUUCUUUUGAUGGUCCCAAGGACGGCGUUUAAAACAAAACCCAAGAAGCAAGACAACUCCCAAGAAGGUGUGUUUGGGCAUGUGUACGAUGUUUGAUAACUAGACAAUUGUGUAAAUAAGGUAGAUGGGAUGAAAGAGUCCCCUGGCUUCGGGUGUUGAUGCGGAGUAUCUCUCCCACCACACGAAUAAAGAUUUGUAAAACAG